UCAGCGGAGAAGGAAGAGAUACACUUUCAUUAAGGAUUUUUGAGACGUUUUUAUUUGAACAGAAUUUUUCUUUUUAAAACCAUUAGUCAGAAAGAGAAAGUAAAGGUUAGAUUGCUGAAGCUCAAACACUGAAAAUGGAUUCUUUUAAAGAAGAGCUUUCUUGUCCUGUGUGUCAUGAAAUCUUCAAGUCUCCUGUUCUUUUAUCAUGUGGUCACAGUGUCUGUAAAGAGUGUCUUCAACAGUUCUGGAGAAUCAAGGGAACUCAGGAGUGUCCUGUCUGCAGGAGAAGAUCCUCAAGAGAUGAUCCUCCAUGUAAUGGUGUUUUAAAAAACCUGUGUGAGUCGUUCCUGAAUGAGAGAAAAGAGAGCCGUUCAUCAGAGUCUGAGGAGCUCUGCAGUUUACACAGUGAGGAACUCAAACUCUUCUGUCUGGAGGACAAACAGCCGGUGUGUUUAGUGUGCAGAGAUUCACAACAACACGACAAUCACACAUUCAGACCCAUCAGUGAAGUGGCUUCUUCAUGUAAGGAGGAGGUGAAUACAACACUAAAGUCGUUACAUGAGAAAGGUAAAAACAAAGAAAAAAUGAAAGGAGAUUUUGAGAAAACAGUUCAACACAUCAAGUCUCAAGCUGAUCAAACAGAGCAUCAGAUUAAACAGCAGUUUGAGAAGCUUCAUCAGUUUCUCAGAGACGAAGAAGAAGCUACAAUCACUCCAUUGAGGGAGGAAGAGGAGCAGAAGAAGAAGAUGAUGGAGGAAAAGCUGGAGGAGAUCAAUACAGACAUCUCAGCUCUUUCAUACACAAUCAAAGACACGGAGGAGAUGAUGAAAGACAGUGAUGUCUGCUUUCUGAAGAAGUUUCCAGUCUCAAUAGAAAGAGUCCAGAUCUCAUCACAGCCGGAUCCACAGACUCCUUCUGAACCUCUGAUUCAUGUACCGUGUUACUUUGACAACCUGCCCUUCAGAGUCUGGAAGAAGAUGCAGGACAUCGUCCAGAACAGUGAGUCUAGAGAAGAUCUGAGCUCUUAUACAUAA